AUGUCAUUAGACUCCAUUGCUCUGAAAAAGCUACAAUGUGUUUAUGGAUUUGUUUUCGCUAUGAACAGAGGGAAACCACACACUUUAGAGGUAUUGGUGGAUACGUGGCCAGCUUUUACCACCAUCAUUGUUCGACCAGAUCCAAAUGUGAGAAAAAAAACCAAAGGACUUUAUGACGAAGUCCUGAGAAGAAUGCUUGCUGUGGAAGAUGCAAUUGACUGGAGCACGUACUUUCUAAUAGGAGCUGAUUACCAGGUAAGAUGUGACCUAGAGCCCAGAUUGUCUGUCCUCAAUGAAUCACACGCCAAUGUAGUUAAUAAGACUUGGAAAUUUGGUGGGGAUGACAAAGGUUACAGGAACAUCCUGAAUCUCAUUAGACAUUUCCCCACAUGUUGCAUUACAGAUGAGAACAAUCAGCCUGUGUCCUGGGUGCUGUUAUAUGAUUACUGUGCCAUGGGGAUGUUGUACACUCAGCCAGAGCAUCGUGGGAAGGGCUAUGCCAAAGCUUUGGUGACCACAAUGGCACAGAGGCUCCAUUCUCAGGGCUAUCCUGUGUACUGUUUCAUUGAAGAAUGCAAUCCGCUUUCCUACAAACUUUUUAAAAGCAUGUUUUUUUCAGUGGACCCCUCAUAUAGGGUUGUCUGGUAUGAAUUUAUUUGUUAG